GACUUAAAAGCACACGGAAUGUUAUUUCCAUAUCAUUGUAUUCAUCACAAAGCUUGUAAUCUUUCACCAUUUGAUCGACAACAUCGAGAGACGCAUCUACAAUUCACAUCUACUUCUUCCCUUAUAGACAGCCCUAUAAGAAAGAUGAUCAAUUACAGGUCACUGUACAUAACUUCAAAGCUCUUCAAUACAUCAUUCCAAAGACAGCUCGUCAAUAUCUCACAACUGAAACAAACACGACGCGAAACGAAGAUAUUCAUUCGACGACUAGUAUUUCUUCUCUCGUUUUUCUCAACCGCCAGUUGAAGGAUUCCAAUUUUGAGAUGGAUGAUUUGAUGGAGAGCCAGAGGGGACUGAUCUUGAAAGAAUUCUCGCAAGAUAAUAAAUUCGAAGUUGGAUCGGAGCCAGAAGGAGAACCAGGAUUACAUGCCAGUUCGGUUUUUAGAGAAAGUAAUGGAGAGAACGCAGGCGCCGGAAAUGAUUCUGAACGAGGGAAAAGCAUCAUGGGCAUAUUGGAGGUUUCUAUAGCAAGAUCUAACGACUUGUUGUUGCGCCGGGGGAUUUUCCAACCGACAACAAUUUUCAAAAUUUCAGAUGAGUUACUCGGGAUGAUUUUAAGCUUUAUUAGAGAGCCCCAGCUCUCCGAGCCUCCUUCUACCAUUUGCUAUCAACCGCCUAUCAAACGGCACCAAAGAAAUAAAGAAUUUGAAGAGAGCGCAAAAGCGAUCCAGAGUCUGCGAUUAGUAUGUCGAAGAUUUUGCAAUGUCAGCUCGCCCUUUCUUCUUCCAACCGUGCGUGUUGAAAUGAAUGCGCAAUCCCUUUCGCGCCUUGAUAUAAUUUCUCGGCAUCCUACUAUCGGCAAAGGCGUUAGAGCUGUGACAGUCAUUACACGAUUCUUGAACUACACGUUCGAUACCUUUGAGGGAUUCCAUCGUGAAAAGACUGAGUACUUAUAUUGUUCUCUGGCUAUGGUGAUAUAUGAUGCAGUUCCGCCAGACGAGGGAGGGGAAUCCAGGAUGAGUAGGGAGUUAUAUCGGCGGUAUAUAUUGGAUGGAUCAGGUGGUAGUGUCAAUGAAAGAAUCUUACGUCAAAUAUUCUGGACAAAAGCUUAUGAGCGGUACAAACAUUUCGUUGUAGAACAAGAAACCCUAACAGAAGAGGAUUUAUCUCUGGAGGGCGUUGGCACUGCGUUCGCUCGAAUGCCAAGGGCAAAAACACUUCAUAUUAGCGACAGGGGCCGUGAUAAUCUUCAUGAAGGUCGCCCUCGUCCAAGACUUUGUUCAACAUCAAAAUUCUUUUUUAAAUAUUGUGAAAAUGAGGAUGUACUUAUCGACGACAUCAUUAAAUCCAAACUUUUUGGGUAUGAGGAUGAUGUUGAUUUACACUUUCGAGCCGACAAAAGUUGGACUUCACCACCCGCUCAGAUACUUCUUAAGCUUCCAGGUGCUAUCCACAAGGCUGGCAGGUCACUCGAAAACAUAUGUAUUGAGAUACAACCUCCUAGGGAUUCCAGUACUUUAAUUUCAUCUGAGGACUUCGAAAAACUUUCAGCUGCGACACAGCGGGUAAAACAUUUCACAUUUUGUUGCAGAUGGACGGAUGAUAUAGAAGAUCAUGGGUGGCCGCCCACGGAAUUAAAUGGUUUGGUUAGAUAUCUUUCUGCGAUUGUGAACACAAAUGCUCUAGAAAAGAUUGACAUCAACAUGGAAUUCAUCCCUCUAGAGCUGAGGCACUUAGACAUGGAGAAACGUGCUCUAUUGGUGGCCUCUUUGGGAGCAGUUCUCACCAGUCGUAUAUGGCCGAAUCUCAGAUCAAUAUAUUUGUCCUAUAUAUCGCUCCAUCUAUCAGAGUUAGAGAUAUUCAUCUAUAAUUUAAAGUCAUCAGAUAUAGUAGUGCAUAUAAAAGAUAUGUAUCUCAUAAGCGGCUCGUGGAGCGACGCAUUCGAAGUAUUCAAAAGAAAUUCGAUUCAAAAUUUGGUACUUGGGGAGCCAUUUUCAGUUUUCGAGUGCCGAGCAUUACUUUGCAGCGGAAAGCUUUUUUGGGACUGGGACAAGGAGCAAUAUUAUUGGGACUUUGGCGAUUCGAUAAAGGAAACCACAACAGGUGAUUACUAAGGAAGGAGCACACUCGAUUCUCAUCUAAGUCUCGAAUCAGUGUACUAGGAAGUUUGUGCUUUCUCCAAGCGAGGAUUUAUGGUCUACAACCUUUCAUAGUAUGCAUAUCACUUUGGAUGUACAGCAGCAGCGGUAGCAAGUAUAGAGGGUUCGAUCUGGCCGAAAGGCAUGCUGGCAAUGUUAUUUUUCGAAUAUAAGGGGGCACUGAAGUGUAUAAUGUUCAAGGUAGACAGGAUGAGGACACCCGGAAGAGCAGUAUCAUAAUUAAUCAUACAAGAUAUUGGAACUUUCCAUAUUUUAGGUAGCUUAGGUAGUAUGUGUAAAAUUUCAACACGCCCA